UUGUGUACUUAAAACCUAAUUUUAAUCGCUUAUUAUUACACGUUUAUAAUUUCAGGUCCAAACGUGGCGUCAGUCAAUGAUAUGUGGAGAAUGAUCUGGCAGGAAAAGUCUGCGAUUAUUGUAGUAGUUACCAACGUCUUUGAAGGAACCAAGCGAAAAUGUGAGAAGUAUUGGCCAGAAUUAAACGAUGCUAAGACAUACGCAAAUAUUGGUGUAUUGAACGUUGAGGAGACCAACUAUGGGUACUAUGUUGUCCGGAAUCUGCAACUUCAGAAGGUUAGGACGGAAGAGGUACAUAGUGUAGUUCAGUAUCAGUUCACUGAUUGGCCAGAUAAGAGUGUUCCCCGCGCUGUUCCAGAUUUGAUUGACUUCAUCUACGCGUUCAGGAGAGCACAGCAAGAUUCACCAAGCAACAGUGGACCAGUCAUAGUACACUGCAG